AUGGGGAAGGCGAAUACACAAUUAUUAGCAAAAGUUCGAUCGGAAAUAAUCAAUGGAGAUGCUUUGAGAUUGUUCCAGGAAGAAUAUUUUGCAUUAGAUAUCAUUCGGUUGCUCUAUGAAGACACUGUUGAUGAGAAAGAGAAAAUCCAGCUAUUGACAGUCUUGCAGGAAUAUGGAGGAGCUGGACUGGAAACUUCCAGUGUGGAUCAGGUCAUCACAUCUUUGGUGGAUAUUUGCACACAAUCUCUUUCCUUAUUGCCAAAAAGCAGUUUCUUGUCUCAGGUGAUCAUCACUACAACAUCUCUGUUGAUACAGUUUAAUCUUGUGGGAGCCAGUUCCCAUUUGUGCUUGUUACUGACUGAUUUACUUUUGCCACUGGUGAAGAAAACAGAUGACACAAGCAAUUUGCGCCUUCGAGGAGUGGCCUGCUGCUGCCUGUCUGAAAUGGAAGAUUUUUGUCCUGGUCUUCUGAAGAAACAUUUGACGUCUAUUUUGAAAACUGCACAACAGGAGACAACGUAUAUUUACCAAGAUAUUGUAUGCUUAUUAUCACGCAUCAUUCACAACACAAUGACAUGGCAAAAUUUGUUGGAUGUUGUUGACACAAGAAGAAGCAGAAAAAUAUCAGAAGAGUUACCCAGUCCUGAUGAAAAAUCCCUGCUGGAACUUGAAAUCAAACAGUUUGUGUCACUUGUGAUGGACAAUUACAUUUUAUUCACCUCUUCUGGAAUUUGGAGUUUAUUACAAACUAUGAUAUUAUUAGUCAAAUCGGAUCUCGACAUUUCUGCUUCGAUCUUUAAGUCUUUGACAUUGCAAUUCAUGGCUUCUUCCAAUGCAAGUACAUUCUUGAUGGUUGUUUACAUGAAGAUGCAGUUUUCACAUCAAAUUUUAUCAGUUACUGAAGAAACUUUGCUCCACAAACGAUUUGUUAUGGCAGCCAUCCAUCCAGCCAACAAUGUUGCACAAAAGCAUAUUCUUCUGUCUUGUCUUGCUGAUUACAUUGGAUACAAUGAGACAAAACAGUCUAAGCAGUUUCCAUCUGUGAAUCCCGUGCCUAUUGUGGCUAUCAAACAACUUGCAGAUCUUAAACCAACAGCAUUUGAUGAUAUUCCUAUUCAACUGAAAAAGACACUCAUUCUUAACAAAUGCCUUCCUGUUUCAAAAGAUGCAGAUAAUUCUGUCUUGUUGAACAAUCUGGAGUCUAUUAAAAAGAUGGCACUAUGCACUGAUGAUGCUGAACCCACAUUGGCCCUCUUCUGCGCCUUAUUUCAUUUUUACUGCAGACAUCACAUCUCAGACCUUGGAACAAAAAUCCAAAACCUUUUGCUGCAGCUGGUAACAAGCAACCCUAAAUUCAUUCCAAGUACUUUGGAUUUCUUGGUACGGAUUGAUAAAGAAGUACCUGACAGUUCCAUCUACCUGUACCUGUUGCAACAAUUGCAUGACAUGGUGACAGGACAUGUCAAGUUCAACAUGCCUGAACAACAACUUCACAGUUACCUGGACAUCCUCAAGUUGACUGCUGCUGAUUCUCGUAUCCAACCACAGGCCACUGUGAGGUUUUUGCACAUGAACAUUUUAUACUCUCUGAUGUAUGGCAAUAUUUCUUGGUUUCUUGCGACUGCUACUCUCUCUGUCUGCAGGAAUAUAUUGCUUCACCAUAAAACACAUUCCAUAUUUAAUGGAAUGGAUUGCCUUUUGCAUGUUUUGAUGACUCAUUGUUCUGAAGUUGAUGUUGUGGAUCGAGCAAUUUUUUAUUAUUCUCUUUUGAACGGAGCAGCUGAUUCUAAGAUCCAGGAAAUUCUCAGCAGUGCUGAUUUGAAAAUGACUCGCAGGCAGAUUUCAAAUAUUAUUCACAGUCCGAGUACUCCAGCAAAUCCAGCCUCAAUGUUGUCUCUGGAAAAACCUUUCAUGAAAUGGGAAAGGAUUUCAAUCCAUCCAAUUUGGAAGACUGUGAAAUUCCAUCAUGAAGAUCCACAUGAAGAAUUUGAAGAAAUAAACCCUGGGAAAGGGGCCUUUUUGCACUACCUUGACCUCAUUGCUGCUGAAGAUUCUACUUUUCUGUUGGCUGAAUACCGACUCAGUGUUACUUCUGAAUGUCCAAUGGAUGAACUCAGAGCAAUCACCUUAAAUAUUGAAACCGAUGGCAACUUAGAGAAAAUCCCAGAGAUCCACAUACCAAAUAUGACAAAAACAGAAUCCAAGACAAUCCAAUUGCAAUUCUAUUCUCUUCAGCCAUUUCCAGGGGAUUACCCAACAAAAUCAGUUUUUGCAUCUGUGGACAGAAUUACAAUGUCAUGCAAUUUGGAAACAACAUCAAUCAGCUUCACUGACCUAAUGCUGCCAAUUCCAUGGGAAAACCUAGGUGUUGCUCCUGAAAAACGGAAAGAUGUCUUCACAGAACUCUGGGAAUAUCUCGAUGCAAAAAAUUCCAAUAAGAAUGCUACAAUUGAAUCAGUCAAAACACUGCCGUUAGAUUUGCCUGGAUUGUGUCAACUGGUUGACUCUGUGCUUCUUCCUUAUACAGUCUACAAAAGUGAAAAGAAUUUCCACUGUGCAAUAUUUCUACCACCAAGGCAUCAUCUAUUAUUAAAACUAAAUUCCAUUUUGAAUCAUACAGCAGUCUCAAUUCUCACAGACUUUUGGCCAAUUCUUCCUUCUGUAAAUAGUUACCUUGAUUCUCUGAUAGCAAUUCAUUAA